UGCACUUUUUAGUAAAUGUUGUCACUUUAUUACCUUUCAGAGAACAAAGCCAAAAUAAUUGGAGGGCCUACGCUGUAUAUCAACAGUGGAAGUACCAUAAACUUGACAUGUCUAGUUAAUGAGAGUCCUGUACCACCAGAUUACGUCUUCUGGUACCACAACGGUAAAGUGAUCAACUAUGACUCACCCAGAGGCAUCAGCGUCCAUACCGAGAAAGCUCAGCGUACAACCAGUAAACUCUUAAUCAGCAACGCGCAACCGAGUGACUCCGGAAACUACUCCUGCAUACCUUCCAACGCUGAUCCCGCAGCAAUUGGACUUCAUGUACUCAAUGGUGAACAUCCAGCAGCAAUGCAACACGGCAAGCAUACGUCUUCUGGAUCAGGUCUUCCAAAGUCUUGGAAAAUCUUAUUUCAUUUAGUCUUGGACAUUGCUCUUCUUGUGUUUAACAAACGGUGAUAAGUUAAGCCUGAAAUGGCUUAUUUUUUCAUGCAAUAGCGUUACUGAGAAGACUUUAAACAAUAACAACUAAUAAUAAUAAAACUGUUUAUAUGUACACCUUCAUUGCAAACGCAUCCGAGGAAGAAAAGCCCCUGAUGUUACUGCGCCAUCUAUGGACGAAUUAAAGAAUCUUUUGGGGCAAGAAAGUUGUGCACUUUUGUAUAGCGAACGAAUCGAUCCACUACGAAUAAAGCUGAACCUACUGCGCCAUCUAUGGGUUCAAAGUGGAACUAGCCCUAAUGUAAUUUACUUUGUAGUUAAACAAUUAUAUUCUUCUCUUAUUUACAAUCAUGGAGAAGGAAGAAAAUGGAAGCGAAUAUGCAAUUUUAAUGUUCGUUAACCCAAUACUGAAAGAAUAAACUACAUUUUGCUCGUGAAAAUGGAAGUGUUCGCUACAAUAAAGAAACUUUUCUUGCUGACAUAGUAGUUUAUUUUGUAAGUGAGCUUAAUAGCUGGUUUAAAACUCCGAUUAAACAUUUGGAUAAGGGUUUCGGUUUUGCUUCAAGAGAAAUAAAGGUUUUUCAACUACGAAAAGAUUAACAAGGGACGGUGGUAAAGUUUUCAGUUUUAUUUGACGGUGAAUCAUGAUAUUGUGUUUACAUGUGUCGAAUUAAUAAACGUCGUAUUCAAAACGUACAUAACCCCGGUAGACAUCUUUAACUAUAAUAAAUAUUACCUCCUGAAAAUUUUCACACUAUGCAGUCAGUUUGCUGCUUAACUUGGAACACAAUGUAUGGUUUCUUAUUGCAUUUGUUUCGUCAGUUAAUCCCAUGUUAUAUUUUUGUGAUGUUUUAGCGAAAUUAUAUACGAGAGGUAUACAUAUAUAUAUAUAUUACAUGAAUCUUUACGAAAUCCUGCAGAAGACUGAUUGUAAAGAGAAAAAAAUCUUGUAUAUUUAAUAACACUGUGAGAUGUACAUGGAUUCCGGAAGAAAUUUUUUGCACAAUCUUCUCUUGUACUUGAGUUAUGAAUUCGGGUGCUCAUGCAUUGUAAUAAUUUAAAUACCAUUAGAGGGUCCACGGAAAUAUUUUAAUGCAAAUUGGUGUCAUUUACGAAUUACUGUUCAUCUCCCAAAUGAAUGUUACGUUUUUGAGUUCCUAAUGUAAUGUGUUAUUUUUGUUGUACAUCUUUUGAUUGCUGACUUCUGUGUAAAUAUUUCCCAAGAAAUGAGUGAAAUUAAAAUGAUUUUUUUCGCA